AUGGAGCAACCACCGUCGCCGGGAACAGAGUCGGUAAAUCUCCGAGAAUGCUUGGAAACACUUCUACGGUUUACUCUGAGAUCUCAUUUGGACGAACUAGUUCCAAGUUUCGAUCUUGACCUGAACAGAGAUUUCUGCAUCCAUCUACUUGAGGAAGAUACAGAUUCAACAGAAAUGUUCUAUUCACAGAAAAACCUGCGGUGUACAAAGCUUCUAGCAAGAGCUUUGUCUGAAUGUCUAACUUCCGAGGAGCAGGGAUUUGGACAUGACUUGGUACAGAUGUUGAAGAAGGUAAACUUUGAGCUUCAUGUCCAGGAGCCUUAUUUCACACAAUUGAAAGAUGGUCUGAAAACUGCUGAAGGAAGAUGUGCAGUAGGAGACUACAAGAGGAUUGGUUCAGGAGCUUUUAUUUUGUUCAAUAAAUGCUUGCUGCUUGAAGUUCAGGACGUUCACCAUUAUACUUCAUUCUCGGAAAUGCUAAAAGUGGAGGGUCUUGCCAAAGUUCUUCCUGGAGUUGAGUCUAUAGAAGAAGGUGUUCGAAUAUACCGAAACUUUUAUCCUGAAGAGAAGGAAAGGAUGAACGGUGUUGUAGCCAUUCUAGUUGCAAAACCAGCUGAUCAGCCUUAUGCAGCUUUGGCAGGAGUAUUGUCGGAACUCAAGUCCAGUGGGAUCAAAAGUCUGUUGGAUGACUACACGGCACAAGUUACCUUGUAG